AUGUUGCAAGAACCUGAUGAGAUAGCCUUGAAAAGAAAGCGCUGCCGAGAACUUCUUCGAGCUUAUCAACAAGCUUUUAAGGACUUGGAGGAACUGCCAAUGGAAGCUGAGACAGUUGAAAGAGGAUACAGUUUGCCUGAAACAACUGGUUUACCUAAAAUUCAUGGAUUGCCAACAUCGUCCAUGUACUCUACCAGCAGUUCUGGAGACUAUUAUGCAGCUUCUCCAAAGUACUCCAAGUCAAAAAGGUCUUCACAUUCUGGGGAACUUCAAUCACCAAUGCAUGCUAUUCCAGAUUCCAAUGGAAGUGGAAGGCCAUUCACGUCAGGAUUUUAUCCCACGGUUGAUGGAUAA